UAAUGGCGUCGGGGAGUCUGGGAGGUCUGGGGAGACAGCGCUGAAGCUUCUCACCAGCUUGGCUGGUGACAACCGGUGUGGCCCGGCCUGCGUCAGCGGGAGGGACUUGCCCACCUUGUGGGCUCCUCUGCCAGAGCCGGCGGAGGCUAGCGGGGCGGGGCGACUGCGGGGGCCCCUCGGAUAAGAGCCGGGGGAGUUGCGAGGAGGCUGUCGGGGGCGCUCGGGCUCGCUGCCCAGGCCGGGCCGAGCCCCCGCGGAGCCCUAGAGGCGGACAGCCCAAGGGCCGGAGGCGCCUGGAAGGAGCUGCCUGUCGCCCACGGAGCUGACAAGUGCCGGAGUUCGUUUUCGCCGCUCAGAAAUUGACACGGAGCUUGGUGGAUCAUGUCUGGCACCAACAGCCCCGAGGCGGUUAAGAAGCUGCUGGAGAAUAUGCAGAGCGACUUGCGGGCCCUGUCCCUGGAAUGCAAGAAGAAAUUCCCACCUGUCAAGGAGGCUGCUGAAUCAGGAAUAAUAAAAGUUAAAACAAUAGCUGCACGAAACACCGAAAUUUUGGCAGCAUUGAAAGAGAACAGCUCAGAGGUUGUUCAGCCUUUUCUAAUGGGUUGUGGAACCAAGGAACCGAAGAUCACUCAGCUAUGUUUAGCCGCCAUUCAGAGGCUCAUGUCCCAUGAGGUUGUGUCUGAGACUGCAGCUGGAAAUAUAAUUAACAUGCUUUGGCAGCUAAUGGAAAAUAGUCUUGAAGAACUUAAGCUGCUUCAAACAGUUCUUGUUCUUUUAACAACCAAUACAGUAGUUCAUGACGAGGCACUCUCAAAGGCAAUUGUUCUCUGUUUUCGACUACACUUCACAAAAGAUAAUAUUACAAAUAAUACAGCUGCUGCUACAGUGCGACAAGUUGUUACUGUUGUUUUUGAGAGGAUGGUUGCUGAAGAUGAACGACACAGAGAUGUUGUAGAACAACCAGUACUAGUCCAAGGAAAUAGUAACAGAAGAUCUGUCAGUACCCUCAAACCUUGUGCUAAAGAUGCAUAUAUGCUUUUCCAGGACCUUUGUCAGUUGGUUAAUGCUGAUGCCCCUUACUGGCUAGUAGGCAUGACAGAAAUGACCCGAACAUUUGGCCUCGAAUUACUUGAGUCAGUCUUGAAUGAUUUUCCACAAGUCUUUUUACAACAUCAGGAAUUUAGUUUCCUCCUCAAAGAAAGGGUAUGUCCUCUUGUGAUAAAGCUCUUUUCUCCAAAUAUAAAGUUCAGACAAGGUUCCGGCACUUCAUCUUCUCCAGCACCAGUUGAAAAACCAUAUUUUCCUAUCUGCAUGCGUUUGCUGAGAGUAGUAUCUGUUCUGAUUAAGCAAUUUUACAGUCUUUUGGUAACUGAAUGUGAAAUAUUUCUGUCACUUCUGGUGAAAUUUCUGGAUGCAGAUAAACCACAGUGGCUACGAGCUGUUGCGGUGGAAUCAAUACACAGACUCUGUGUGCAGCCUCAGCUAUUGAGGUCAUUUUGUCAGUCCUAUGAUAUGAAACAGCAUUCUACCAAGGUUUUUCGUGAUAUUGUGAAUGCACUGGGAUCUUUUAUCCAGUCCUUGUUUCUUGUCCCUCCUACUGGAAAUCCUGCUACGACAAACCAAGCUGGAAGCAAUAAUUCAGGUGGCCCUGUCUCAGCACCAGCUAACUCAGGAAUGUUGGGGAUUGGUGGAGGUGUUACUUUGCUACCAGCAUUUGAAUAUAGGGGAACUUGGAUACCUAUUCUGACUGUAACAGUACAAGGCAGUGCUAAAGCAACCUACCUAGAGAUGUUGGACAAAGUUGAGCCCCCGACUAUACCAGAAGGUUAUGCUAUGUCCGUGGCAUUCCAUUGUUUGCUAGACCUUGUACGUGGAAUCACUAGUAUGAUUGAAGGAGAGUUAGGAGAGGUUGAAACAGAAUGUCAGACUACUACCACUGAAGCAGUUUCUUCACCAACACAGUCAUCAGAACAGCAAGAAUUACAGUCAACAUCAGACCAAAUGGAUAAAGCAAUAGUUAGUAGAGCUGUUUGGGAAGAAAUGGUGAAUGCCUGCUGGUGUGGUCUGCUUGCUGCACUCUCACUCCUUCUUGAUGCCAGCACAGAUGAAGCUGCCACUGAGAAUAUUUUAAAAGCUGAACUGACUAUGGCUGCUCUUUGUGGAAGACUGGGCCUUGUAACUUCAAGAGAUGCCUUUAUAACUGCAAUAUGCAAAGGUUCCCUGCCUCCGCAUUACGCUCUUACUGUAUUGAAUACCACCACUGCAGCCACACUUCCCAACAAAUCAUAUUCCAUUCAGGGCCAAAGUGUUAUGAUGAUCAGUCCAUCAAGUGAAUCUCACCAGCAAGUUGUGGCAGUGGGUCAACCACUAGCAGUCCAGCCUCAAGGGACAGUAAUGCUAACUUCCAAAAAUAUCCAGUGUAUGAGGACUUUACUUAACUUGUCACACUGCCAUGGGGCUGUUCUUGGAACAUCAUGGCAACUUGUCUUGGCAACUCUACAGCAUCUAGUAUGGAUUCUGGGAUUAAAGCCUAGUAGUGGUGGUGCCUUGAAACCUGGGAGAGCUGUAGAAGGACCCAGUACAGUUCUAACAACAGCAGUGAUGACAGACUUGCCAGUGAUUUCCAACAUACUUUCAAGAUUGUUUGAAAGCUCACAGUAUCUUGAUGACGUAUCAUUGCAUCAUUUAAUAAAUGCACUUUGUUCCUUAUCCCUAGAAGCAAUGGAUAUGGCCUAUGGAAAUAAUAAGGAACCAUCUCUUUUUGCUGUUGCCAAAUUGUUAGAAACUGGUCUAGUUAACAUGCACCGAAUAGAAAUUCUAUGGAGACCUCUAACUGGCCAUCUACUGGAGGUGUGCCAGCAUCCAAACUCUCGAAUGAGAGAAUGGGGAGCAGAAGCUUUAACUUCACUUAUUAAAGCAGGAUUAACAUUUAACCAUGAUCCUCCACUUUCACAAAACCAGAGGCUGCAGUUGCUUUUACUGAACCCAUUAAAGGAGAUGUCCAGUGUUAACCAUCCAGAUAUCCGACUCAAGCAAUUAGAAUGUGUGUUGCAGAUUCUGCAGAGUCAGGGAGACAGUCUUGGGCCUGGAUGGCCAUUAGUGCUUGGAGUUAUGGGAGCAAUCAGAAAUGAUCAAGGAGAAUCCUUGAUACGAACUGCAUUCCAGUGUCUUCAGUUGGUUGUGACAGAUUUUCUACCAACAAUGCCUUGCACUUGCCUGCAGAUAGUUGUAGAUGUUGCAGGUAGCUUUGGACUUCAUAACCAAGAACUUAAUAUUAGUUUAACUUCAAUAGGUUUAUUGUGGAAUAUUUCAGAUUAUUUUUUUCAAAGAGGAGAAACUAUUGAAAAAGAAUUAAAUAACGAAGAGGCAGCACAGCAAAAGCAGGCAGAAGAGAAAGGAGUGGUUUUAAAUCGGCCGUUCCACCCUGCACCACCGUUUGAUUGCUUGUGGUUGUGUCUUUAUGCAAAAUUGGGUGAACUAUGUGUGGACCCCCGUCCUGCUGUCAGGAAGAGUGCAGGGCAAACUCUGUUUUCGACAAUUGGUGCACAUGGAACUUUAUUACAGCACUCAACGUGGCACACUGUUAUUUGGAAGGUUCUCUUUCAUCUAUUGGACCGAGUUCGAGAGUCUUCUACCACUGCAGACAAAGAAAAGAUUGAGUCCGGAGGUGGCAAUAUUCUCAUUCAUCAUUCAAGGGACACAGCAGAGAAGCAGUGGGCUGAGACAUGGGUUUUAACAUUGGCUGGAGUAGCAAGAAUCUUCAACACUAGAAGAUAUUUACUGCAACCUUUAGGAGAUUUUUCAAGAGCAUGGGAUGUUCUUCUUGACCAUAUACAAUCAGCAGCACUCAGCAAAAACAAUGAAGUAUCUCUGGCUGCGCUGAAAAGCUUCCAGGAAAUUUUACAGAUUGUGACCCCUGUCAGAGACUCAGAUAAGCCUGAGACACCACCUGCAGUUCAUGUCCCUGUGCCUGUCCUUUUAGGGUCCAUAUCAGGCCCUGGCCUGAACAGGCCAUUUGUAAGAACAGAUUCCAUUGGAGAAAGACUUGGAAGAUACAGCAGCUCUGAGCCACCCAUAGUUACUGAUGAGCUUGAAGAUUUGAAUCUCUGGUGGGCUGCAUGGAAUACCUGGUAUAGAGUUGGAUCUGAAAGCACUAAGCCUCCCAUUACUUUUGAUAAACUAACUUUCAUUCCCAGCCAGCCUUUUCUUACAGCUUUAAUUCAGAUAUUUCCCGCUCUUUACCAACACAUAAAAACUGGUUUCAACAUGGAUGAUUUGCAGAAGUUGGGAGUCAUACUACACAGUGCCGUUUCAGUCCCAAUAAGUUCAGAUGCAUCCCCUUUCAUUCUUCCAUCUUAUACUGAAGCAGUUUUGACAAGUUUACAGGAAGCUGUACUUACAGCUCUAGAUGUUCUCCAAAAGGCCAUCUGUAUAGGACCGGAAAACAUGCAGAUAAUGUAUCCAGCUAUAUUUGACCAGUUAUUGGCAUUUGUAGAAUUUUCCUGUAAACCUCCACAGUAUGGACAGCUAGAAACAAAACACAUUGCAAAUGCAAAAUAUAAUCAGAUCCAACUAUUUGCACCGGCGGAAUGGGUAGCCUUGAAUUAUGUACCAUUUGCUGAAAGGUCUUUAGAAGUAGUUGUGGAUUUAUACCAAAAAACAGCCUGUCACAAAGCAGUGGUGAAUGAGAAAGUACUCCAGAAUAUUAUUAAGACUCUUAGGGUUCCUCUCAGUUUGAAGUAUUCCUGCCCUUCUGAAAGCACAUGGAAGCUAGCAGUAUCUUCCCUCCUCAAAGUUCUUUCUAUUGGGCUACCUGUUGCCCGGCAGCAUGCUUCUUCUGGAAAAUUUGACAGUAUGUGGCCAGAACUAGCCAACACUUUUGAAGACUUUCUCUUUACUAAAAGCAUACCUCCAGAUAACCUCUCUAUUCAAGAAUUUCAAAGAAAUGAAAGUAUUGAUGUUGAGGUAGUUCAGCUUAUCAGCACUGAGAUACUACCUUAUGCCAAUUUUAUUCCUAAGGAAUUUGUUGGUCAGAUAAUGACUAUGCUUAAUAAGGGAUCAAUACAUUCUCAGUCAUCUUCAUUUACAGAAGCAGAGAUUGAUAUUCGUUUGAGAGAAGAAUUUUCUAAAAUGUGUUUUGAAACACUGCUCCAGUUUUCCUUCAGUAAUAAAGUCACAACACCUCAAGAAGGCUACAUCUCACGAAUGGCACUCUCAGUGCUUCUAAAGAGGUCUCAGGAUGUACUACAUCGUUAUAUAGAGGAUGAAAGAUUAAGUGGUAAAUGCCCUCUUCCAAGGCAACAAGUAACAGAAAUCAUAUUUGUCUUAAAAGCAGUCAGUACUCUCAUUGAUUCACUUAAGAAAACUCAGCCUGAGAAUGUUGAUGGAAAUACCUGGGCACAAGUAAUUGCCUUAUACCCAACUUUAGUAGAAUGCAUCACCUGCUCAUCUUCAGAAGUCUGCUCUGCACUUAAAGAGGCACUAGUUCCUUUUAAGGAUUUCAUGCAACCACCAGCAUCCAAAGUUCAAAAUGGAGAAUCUUGACCAGCUACAAUAAAUUCUAAGAAGAAUGAUAUACAAAAAUGUUUGCUCCUCAGUGAAUUUUCUGUGAGAAGGACGUUUCUUACUACAAAUAAUUCUUGGCAGCUGUUGUUAGCCUCCUUUAAAUUGUACUUACCUGAGUUAAGUAAUUCAUAUUACAAGCUUACAUGUCAACAAAGGUUCCUGAAUGAGUAGCAGUGCAAGCCUUUAAUAAAUUAAACUGAUGGGAGAGAUAGUUAAUACUACAA